AUCCUCAAGCCGUCAGUGGUUUCUAGCUUCAUAACUACUUGGAUUACUCCCAAAUCAAAUAAGCACCAUGUUCCGCUUUUUCGUGCUAGCCGUCUGCGCUGUUGGUCUUGCCUCUGCUGGCGUUGCCAAGCAGAAAAUUCAAGCUGCCGACUCCCAACCUCAGGCGAGCCAUGAUUUGGAAUCCAUCCACUCAAUUUCCGGUGGUUAUGAAGCUGGUGGUUAUGGCGGAGAGUUUGAGGAGCACGGUGGUUCCGAUAGCAAUGGCGCGGAACUUACCAGUCUCGCUCAUAGCUCCGCCCUCCAGGCCAACAAUGCUGUCCAGAACCAACAAACAGCUGGUAGUCAGGCCGCAUUUGGAGUAUCCAGCAGCUUCGCCAGUGCUGCCUUAGGAGCUGCCCAGACCGCUCAAGCUGCCCUCGUAGGCAAACAAGCCAUUGUCCAGAACCUCAGAAGACAACUUGCAGAUGCUCAGCAUCAGCUCCAGCAAGAAAUCUCCCAAUAUCAACAGACGGAAGCCGCCGCCCAAGCUGCUUUUUCCACUGCCCAGCAAGCUCAAGCCCAAGUUUCUAGUUUGAGCGCUGCCAUCGCAGCUGUUCAAAGCGGUGCCCAGAGCGCCCAGCAAGCCGCUUCUGAAUCUUCAAAAGUAGCUGCCACUCAGCAGUCCAUGGUCACGGAAGCCAAACAACGCGUUGCUCGCAUUCUCAGCCGCAUCGAGAACGCUGUGGCUGAGUUGCACGAAACCGAAAUCUCCGCCCAAAGGGCAGCUGAGUCCGCUCAAGUUGCCCAGUCUAACGCAGCUGCAGCUGGGGCGGCCGUCGCUACAGCCAGUGCUCAAGGAAUUGGUUCUAAAGGAGAACAUCAUUAUUAGUUUCUUGUAUCACACAUUUGUAAUUGCAACCAAAUAUUCCUAAAGUCUCUGGUCAGUAGAAGAUAAUACAUAAUGUUUAAAUAUAUUAGUAAAUAAUAAGUUU